UCAAAGGUAAAAGGUCACUGCGAAGGAGGAGGUCAGAGCGUCCUUUCUGCCGACACGUGGUUUCCAGUAGUUUCUUAGCGGUUUGAGUCUGAUCAGUGGGAGAAGGGUAUUCCGUCGCACGCAUUUUUUGGGGGUGACCUCCGAUUUCAGUCAAACUUCUUCAAGACUAGCUUAGUUGUCUGAAACCAUGUUGAAGUCUCUUACCCGGGCCCUCGGCGUCGCCACUCGUAUUUCCACCAGCACAGCCGCCUCUUCCACCCGGGUGCUGGAGCCUCUGCUCCGGCCGGCUGUCGGCGCUCCCAGCUCGGCAACAGCUCGGCCCUUCACCCGCUCUAUCUGGAUGCUGUGCAGUAGCGGCUCCUCAUCGGAACACAGGCCGGGGCUGCUGAGCAGUAGUCGGGGUAUCCCAUCGGUGUCGUGCGGCUGCGGAGGACUUCACACGGAAGGAGACAAGGCGUUUGCAGAAUUCCUGUCAGAUGAGAUUAAAGAAGAGAAAAAGAUUAAGAAGCACACAGCGCUGCCCAAGAUGUCUGGGGGCUGGGAGCUGGAACUCACAGGCACCGAAGCCAAGCUAACUAGGAAGAUCGCUGGAGAAGUGGUGUCGGUCACAUUCAACAUCAACAACAGCAUCCCACCCACCUUCGAUGAGGAGCCAGAGCAGGGCCAGAAGCCCUCCGAAAACGAGCCUGAAAUUGUGUCAACACCCAACUUUGUCGUGGAGGUGGCGAAACAGGCUUCAAACCAGUCCUUGGUGUUUGACUGCCAUUAUCCCGAAGAUGAGGUGGGCCACGGCGAGGGAGAAGAGGAGAGUGAUAUCUUUGCCGUCCGAGAGGUCAGCUUCCAACCCACUGGAGAGAAGGAGUGGAAGGACACCAGCUACACACUCAGCACCGACUCCCUGGACUGGGCCCUCUAUGACCACCUGAUGGACUUCCUGGCUGACCGUGGGGUGGACAACACCUUUGCCGAUGAGCUGAUGGAGCUGAGCACCGCCCUGGAGCACCAGGAGUACAUCAAGUUCCUGGAGGAUCUCAGUGGCUUCGUCAAGUGCCAGUGAGCACAGACAGUGGGCCCUCAAACUAGGUUUAUAAGCAAAUGUAUCGGUCUCCUCCCUAGAUUCCAUGUCAGAAAGAAAAGACUUAGUCCCCAACGGUGCAGAGUUGUGUAUAUAUAUUUGAAUCAUCUGUGCAAGAUUUUAUUUCUGCUGAGGCUGAAUGAACACCAGGUUACCAUACCUUCUGAAGAUGCAGGAGAGUAUAUGCCCUGCACUGAAGUGUUCCACUUCAUCAGUGUGGCCAACAGUGAGAUCAGUUGAAAUCUGUAUCCGUUAAGUGUGGCAUGGUUUAACCUUUGAUUCUCAAUCUUUAAACGUUCAAAACACUUUAAGAAACUUUAACUCUGAGGACAGAAUAUUUCAAAAUGUAAGUUCUGUUGCCUUGUCUUACAUUUGAUGCAGUCAGAGUGCUGUUUUUUCCCUGUACUGGAGUCUACGGUGGAUAGGUUUAUGGUCUACAAUAAUACUCUUCCCCUUAUUUUUCUGCAAAUGUAGUCUUUUGACUUCCAAUGUUGUUUGUCUUUUAAGAAUUAAAAGGUUCCUGGCCCACUGACCAUAUAGUAACACCUGACUUGAACACAUUAUUUACAGGGAACAUUUGUUAUAGUUAAACAGUAUAACUAAAUUACAAAAAAGAUUCUAAUCUAGAACAUAUUUGCAAAAUUAAACAAAGUCCAAUUUCACAAGCCAGGUUCAGACUUACGGAAGAUAAGAACAGCGUUUAUAUAUUAAAAGAGUGUCAGCAUUGUAUGUGAAGUUUAACUGUUCAACAUGAUUUGAAUCACAUUUUGCCCAUUUUGGGUUAUUGCUAAAAUGUCUUUUAGAAUGGAAUGAAAAAAUAGCACUUUUUAUUAAGAUCAAGACUGUAAAGCCUACAAUAAAGGUUGAGUUAAUGACGGGUC